CUUCUUUUCAGUAGACGUGGCCGAUAGUUGAGCCCGAUCAGCACUGCUAUAUGGAUAACUAACGAAUCAUACUAUGGAGGAGGCUGCCGCUAAUGAAUAUUAAUAAGGACACGUGACCAGCCGCCUCCGAAACGACGUAAGCGGAGCUUAUUCAUACGCAAGAGCCACGCCUACGUCGUAGUAGGAUCCGUAAUUUCGCCCAACGAAGAUGGCGGCGUGUAGACGUGUGCAGCGAGUUCUGCUGUUGAUAUUCCUCUCCAGCUGGAUAUGUUGCGCUUAUGGAGGCAAAUCGCAGAACGCGGAUGUUUUGGAUAAUGUUGAUAGAGGGAAAAAUCAGGCGGGAGAGGGGAAAGCAGCGGCGGUGGAUGCGGCCUCGGCGUCGAUCCGGCGCAGCGGUGCCUGGAAGCUAGCAGAGGAGGCGGCCUGUCGGGAGGACGUGAUCCGGAUCUGCCCCAAACACUCCUGGAACAACAACCUGGCUGUGCUGGAAUGCCUACAGGACCGCAAAGAUGAGACGGAAAUCGCCGGAGACUGUAAUCAUCUGUUGUGGAACUACAAGUUGAAUUUGACUACAGAUCCGAAGUUUGAGACUGUCGCCAGCGAGGUGUGCAAGAGUACCAUCAGCGGGAUUAAGGAGUGUGCGGCAGAGGAGCGUGGGAAGGGUUACCUGGUGUCUUGUUUGGUGGAACACCGCAGUAAUAUCUCAGAGUACCAGUGUAACCAGUACAUCACAAAGAUGACCAGCAUCGUCUACAGUGAUUACCGCCUUAUCUGCGGCUUCAUGGACAAGUGCAAGGAAGACAUCAACACGCUACACUGUGGGAGCGUCAACACGGGCGAGAAGGAUAUCCACUCUCAGGGCGAGGUGAUCGCGUGUCUGGAGAAAGGACUGGUGAGCGAAGCGGAAGAGCAGCCGGGUCCCUUCAGCAUUAAAGACGACUGUAAGAAGGCCAUCAUGCGCGUGGCUGAGCUCUCCUCCGAUGACUUCCACCUAGACCGUCACCUCUACUUCGCCUGCCGCGAAGACCGCGAACGCUUUUGCGAAAACACUCCAGCAGGAGAAGGGAAGGUCUAUAAAUGUCUUUUCAACCACAAGUUCGAGGAGAGCAUGUCAGAUAAAUGUAAGGACGCCCUUUCAACUCGGCAGAAGCUAAUAGCUCAGGACUAUAAGGUCAGCUACACGCUGGCUAAAGCUUGCAAACCAGACCUGCGCAAAUACCGCUGCAACAUGGAUGCGGCGAUGCCACGGGCCCGAGAGGCUAAACUCUCCUACCUCCUGCUGUGUCUGGAGUCAGCCGUACACAGAGGUCAAACGGUGAGCGGGGAGUGUCAGGGGGAGAUGUUGGACUACAGGCGUAUGCUGAUGGAAGAUUUUUCCCUCAGUCCUGAGAUCGUGCUGCACUGCAGAGGCGAGAUCGAGACUCAUUGCUCCGGCCUCCACCACAAGGGUCGAACCCUCCACUGCCUCAUGAGAGUGUCCCGGGACAAAGGCAUCUUUGAAGGCCACUGCCAGAAAGCUCUCCAGACACUGAUACAGGAAACAGACCCCGGGGCAGACUAUCGCAUCGACCGCGCUCUGAACGAGGCCUGCGAGUCCGUCAUACAGACCGCCUGCAAACACAUUCGCAACGGAGAUCCCAUGAUCUUGUCGUGUCUCAUGGAACAUCUGUACACUGAUAAAAUGGUUGAACCCUGUGAACAACGAUUACUGGAGCUGCAGUACUUCAUCUCCAGAGACUGGAAGCUGGACCCCAUCCUGUACAAAAAGUGUCAGAACGACGCCGCUCGCAUUUGUCACACUCACGGCUGGAAUGAGACCAGCGAGUUCAUGCCACCUGGGGCGGUUUUCUCCUGUCUGUACCGCCACGCUUACCGCACAGAGAUGCAGGGCCGACGGGGUUCAUCAGAAAGUUCAGAAGUAAAUACAGAAGUAAGUGGGAGUUUAUCACGGGACUGUAAAACGGAAGUUCAGCGGAUCCUCCACCAGAGGGCGCUGGAUGUUAAACUGGAUCCUGAACUGCAGCAGCGAUGCAUGACAGAUCUCGGAAAGUGGUGCAGUGAAAAGUCUGAGGCUGGACAGGAGUUGGAGUGUUUGCAGGAUCAUUUGGAAGAUCUCAUCCCUAACUGCCGUGAUGUGGUCGGAAACCUGACCGAACUGGAAUCUGAGGACAUUCAGAUUGAGGCUCUGUUGAUUCGAGCUUGUGAGCCCAUCAUUCAAUCUCACUGUCAUGAGGUGGCUGAUAAUCAGAUAGACACUGGGGAUCUGAUGGAUUGUCUGGUUGCCAAUAAGCACCAGAAGGAAAUGAAUGAGAAAUGUGCUGUCGGAGUCACACACUUCCAGCUGAUCCAGAUGAAGGACUUCCGCUUCUCAUACAAGUUCAAGAUGGCGUGCAAGGAGGACGUGCUCAAGUUGUGUCCCAACAUCAAAAAGAAGGUGGAUGUGGUGAUCUGUCUCAGCACCACAGUCAGGAACGACACACUUCAGGAAGUUAAAGAGCAGCGAGUUUCCUUGAAAUGCCGCAAACAGCUCCGAGUGGAGGAGCUGGAGAUGUCUGAAGACAUCCGUCUGGAGCCGGAUCUGUACGAGAGCUGUCGACAGGACAUCAAACAACACUGUCAGAAUGUGGUGUUUGGAAACGCUCAGGUGGUCGAAUGUCUUAAGGAGAACAAGAAGGUGUUGCAUCCACACUGCCAUCAGAAGGUCUUCAAACUACAGGAAACUGAAAUGAUGGACCCAGAACUGGACUUUCAGCUCAUGAGGGUUUGCAAGCAGAUGAUCAGGCGUUUCUGCACCGAGACGGAUUCCAAGAACAUUUUACAGUGUCUCAAACAAAACAAAAACAGCGAGCUUAUGGACCCUAAAUGCAAACAAAUGAUAACCAAAAGACAGAUCACCCAGAACACAGAUUAUCGUCUGAACCCUGUGCUCAGGAAGUCGUGCAAGGCUGACAUCCCCAAAUUUUGCCAGAGCAUUCUGAACAAGGCCACGGAUGACAAUGAGCUGGAGGGAGAGGUUAUCUCCUGUCUCAAACUUAAAUAUGCAGACCAGCGUCUUUCUCCGGACUGUGAGGAUCAGAUCCGUGUGAUCCUGCAGGAGUCUGCUCUGGACUACAGACUCGACCCUCAGCUGCAGCUGCAGUGCUCUGAUGAGAUCCCACGGCUCUGUGCGGAGGAGGUGGCAGCGCAGGAGCAGACGGGUCAGGUCGAGGAGUGUCUGAAAUUCAACCUGCUCAAGAUCAAACACGAAGGCUGUAAAAAAGAGGUUCUGAACAUUCUGAAGGAGAGUAAAGCAGAUAUUUUUGUGGAUCCAGUUCUACACACAGCCUGCGCUCUGGACAUCAAACACCAGUGUGCCGCCAUCCCACCGGGCAGAGGAAGACAGAUGUCCUGUCUUAUGGAAGCUCUUCAGGACAAGCGUGUGAGACUACAGCCUGAGUGUAAGAAGAGAUUACAGGAUCGCAUCGACAUGUGGAGUUUUGCUGCCAAGGUAGUGCCUGCCGAAGGUUUUUCCGACCUAGCCGGUCAGGUCUUUACGUCCCCCGCCAAGACGUACAUCCUAAGCAUGCUGGCGAUGUCCGUGGUCCUGCUCUUCCUCAUGGGUCUGCUGUGCGGUCGCAUUACCAAGCGCGUGAUGCGGGAGUUGAAGGACAGGUAGAAAGCGGGGCGACAUGCAGGGGAACGGCUUCGGCUCCCCCUGCAGGCCAACACGGCCCAAUACACCCCACAAGCCAUUCUCCGUCCUGGGCCGGGGAAGGACACUGGGGUCGCUAAAGCGAACUUGAAGGAGGGGACUGGUGUUUAGACUCGUGCUGUGUGUGCAUUUUCGUGGCACCGCCAACGGUCACAAUGGGACCCAGAUUUAAUUGCUACACACACUUUGUUUUUCUUUUCCCUGACUGUGCUUGUCCAACGUCAUCACCUGAUUCUCAACGAAUAAACCUGCCUGCUGCGGACCGGCGAGAGUCAUUCCCGCCCUCUUCUGAGCGCAUUUGCGUGCUCUUUGCGAACACGCCAGCACCAAUCGACUCUGCUCUCUUCAACUACAAGCAUUAAUGUCAGAGACUUUGUUUUGCUUUCCUACUGAACGCUUUUAUUUAUUGUUGACGCUUGGCUGUUUGGAUUGUGGUAGCAGGGAGUUGUGUGUCUUUUUGCUAUUUGUUUUCUUAUUGCUUGCAGGAUGGUGUGCACAGGUGGCAGAUUGUCGCAGUUUCUGACAUAAACGUUUUAGGAAACCGCCAAUAACUGAAGAUGUGCUUACUGACAACUGAACGGAUGUGUGUCUGUGCCUUUCUGCCCGUCCUAGCGAGAGAAUUAGUUUUUUUUAAUUACGUCAAUGAAUUUGGUUCAUCAUGGGUUGGAACAUUUCCUACCCAUCUUUCUUUUUUGGGUUGGUUUCUUGGUUGCAUAUGGCGCGAAUACAUGGCGCAUGUCAAUUUUCAACAUUGGCGUUGUCUUAAACCGAGCCGACGGCGACAGAUUUACAGCCCCAAGGAAACAACAGAUAAAAAAAGAAUUCAAUCUGUCCAUUUGUAAUGAUAGCGCAAAUCAAAUGGCACGGGGUGAUUCUGAGCUCGGUGUAGGAGACGUCCAUGUGUAUUUGCAGGAGAAUGUGUCCGCUGACUCGCGUCGGCCGUGUUAUAAAAGGUUCUGAUCUGAAGUUAGUUCUGUAGGGGUCGGCUGAUCGUAUUUGCCAUGCUAUCGGACCUUUGAUAUCUGUGAAUAAAAUUCAUGCUGUCGAUCUUCACUCAUGUCUUUGUCAUCAUUAUAUUUUCAUUCAGCUGUUAUAUAUGUAAUAAAGUGAAGGUCAUAUUAAGGGACUUUUGGUUUUAAACACUCCGUGUUUCAGCAUGUUUUGGAAAUAAGCAUCUCCUCGCAGUUGGUCCAUAUUGCUGUGACUUUCAAAUCAGUGCCGUCCUUCAUCUCUACAGUUUUGAAGUUAUAUUUAGUUUUUCCCAAACGCGAAAUGGUUUGGUUACGAAGGGUUGUGGUCCGUUAUGAACUGUUUUAAUGUUCAGUCACGUAAAUGCAGUUAAUUCAAAAUCACAAACAAGCGAUUAUUGUCUAAUGAGUUGCUUCUUUUUCACAUUUGUACCUUUGGACUCCUUUUCUAUUCAUAUGGUCGAAAUUAAUUUCAUUCUUUUUUUACCAUGAAACGAUAUUACUGUACCUCUGCAUCUCUUUCUGUUGGUUGAUUUGGCUUUUGUAUCGCUCUGUUUGUAUGCUUUUGUACAAAAUGACAUUAAAGUGGUGUUUGUGCAUCCAAGCUGUGCUUUAAAAAGAUGAAUUCAUGUCACAACGCAUCUGUACUGUAAUUAGCUGUAACAUAUUAUCAGAGGAUUAUGGGUUAGUUGACAAAAUCUGCCUUAACUUUUGACUUUUUUUUGCAGAGAUCUUUGUCAGCCAUGGUUGGCACCCUUACACAAGAACAGGAAAGGAUACAUUCCGAUUAACUAAAAAACAUAUUUUAUUCUGGUAAAUUCUGUCGAAUGUAUUUGGAUGCAAAACAUUUUUCUGUGUACGUUUUUUUUAACAUUUACUGUUGUGUUUUCAUUGUUUUGUUGUGUAUAUUGAUACAAAUUACUUACACUUUAGUUUUAAUAGGUAUAACUAUAUCUUAAUCACAGGAACCCAUGAGGUCUUACAUAAUUUUAACAAGUAUUAAUUGGUUUGGGUUAAAACUGCAAGAUUCCAUUUUGGUUGAUACAUACUCGCAUAACAAAUUUAAGGAUUUAAGUUAAGAAAAUGAAUUAAAAAUCAUUUGUAAAAAAAUAUAUAAAUAAAAAAAAUAUGUUUAAAAAAAAUAUAUACUUUUGCAUGUGAUGGCAAAAAUGGAAUUUCAUGUAAAUUUCAAAAAAUAAAUCAUUAAGGCUUCAUUUUGAGGUGAAAUAUAUCCCAGACAUGUCCCAAUUUUAGUCUUCCUCACAUUUAUGUUGUAUUCAUGCAAGCGCAGAACCUAUAAGUAGUUUGUAUCAAUGCCGUAUCAUGAUGCAGUUUAACUUUGUGUCUGUGACGUUGACUGGAUGAAACUGGUCAACUCUUCCUUGUUUUACUAACACUGGACAAAACUUCCAUGUGUGUAUCGGUCAUCUGCACUCCGCCCAUUCACAACCGCUGCUUCCUGUUUGUCAAAUCAACCUGAUACAUGACAGAAAUGAUAAAUGAUGGUGAGGAAUUGCUUUUGUAUAUUCUUUCAGUGUACAAAUUGAUAAUGAAAAGUACAGAUAUAACAGAAUAACGCAAGCUUUUUUGUCUUUCUUUUUAUGAUCUGUAAUUUGAUUUGGACUGAUGUUAAUAAAAUUGAUCUGAUGGUUUGUA